GUUGAAUAUGAGGCAGAAACGCAAACUGACAAAAAUAUUACUGCUCUAAAACAUUAAUAAUCCUAAUAACAAACAAAAUUGACGACUACUCUCAAAAUAUUAAUUGUUAUUAACGGUUCGUAGUCUUCAUUUAAUGGCGAACAUUAUACAUCAAACUGGAUGUUCUCAGCUUAUACCUGGAAAUAAUAGAAAUGAUGAGAAUAUUGAAUUCAGUCAUGGUGAUAAAUGUAUUUCUCAAAUUGUUGAUGGAUUGUCGUAUCCGGAAAAGUUGAUAGCGGAUGCUUUCAAUGCUCAACAGAGAGGGAGAUACACAAAACUUUGGAAUGAAAAUUUAAACAAAAUAGCUGAUAACAACAUUUCUGAAGCUUAUAAAGGAAGGGAUAAGAAGAUUCAUCAAUGGAAAGAAUUAUUAAACAAAGAAGUUGAUAGCUUAGCAAAAGAAAUUGAAUGUAUCGAAGAAUGUGACAGAGAUGUUUUUAGAAAGCGGAAUUACUUUGCUGACCUAAGCAGAGCGUCGCAAAUGACAGCAGAAUACAGAAAACGAAUACCAGACCACACCUCGGAUGAUGAAAUCGACAUUUUGUUGAAACAAGAACUUUGUAACUUGGGUAAAGCAGAUGAAGAUAUGAGACAAUGUUCAAAUGAUUUUAAAAAUUGUGGAAGAAAAUUGAAGAAUGCGCGAUCUUCACUGAUGUCCGAAGUCGAAGCAAAAGUUAUGACUUUAAAUGUCAAUAGACGUUGUCAGCAUAUGGAACCUCUUUUAAGCUACCCUUAUAUACCAAGCAAUCACCCUAUCGAUCAAAUAUACCGUCAAAAUACAGAAGAAGAAUGGGCCAAGAAUUUAGAUGAUAAAAUUCAAAAUGCAGUGGAUAUUCGAAGAGAAGCCUCUAAUGCUCGAUGCCGAGCGGAAUCUUUCAUGAAGCACCAUCUCAGUUGCACAGUUGAUGCCUGGCAUAGAACUAGCAAAGCCCUCAUAGAAUCUGUGCAAAGAGAUGAGCGACGUUCGCAUAACAUCCAGAAACUUUUAAAAACGGUAGGGGAAAAUAUUAGUUCCACAAAUCAGCGAAUAGCAUCCCUUCAUGAUGAUUUGAGAGUGCAAGACCGUGGGAAAACGUUACAGUUGUGGCGUUUGCAAACGAUGACGUAUCGUCCUGGACCGGAUCACAUUAGAGAUGAACCUAUUAAAAAGAUAGAUGAAGAAGUCAGCAACAUAGAAGCCAAACAUACUUUUAUAUCUGAAAAUUUGAAACAAAACAAAACACUUGUACAUGAACUCAUGAACGAGAAACAAAGAAUUACCCUGGAAUUAGAAAAACUGUCAAGAAAGUUACACAUCGAAAGGGAAAAUUGCAUCGGUUUGAGAAGAUCUCAAUCAGUCGAAUCCUGCACAUCACCUUUGUGAUAUUGCAAAGCUGUAAUCAUUUAGCAAAAAACAUAGAUUAAGGAUGGAAAUAUCAUAUAAGAACACCACACUUUUUUAUAAAUAUAUUUAUUACACAAUGCAUUUUUGUAACUUAGAAUAAAUUAUUUUAUCCAAAUUUUACAACGAAACAAUUUUGAUACUAUAAAUCAACUGAGUACUUGCGCUUCACGAAGAAGAAGAUCAGAGAUACCCACACGUGUGACGUCAGCUGAUCGCUUAUAAACAAAAUGGCGUAUUUAAGUUGAGCGAAGUUUCUCCACAAUCCACAUGAGUCAGAACUUUAAUUGACGUGAAGUUAAU